GGUUUCUUCUCAUCUCAUCACUUCCGCAUUGCAAAACUCUCAUCGUUGCCGCCUGCUGUGAGACUGCGACUCUCUCUCUCAAACAGAAAAAGAUACAAAAAACAAACCAAAAAAAAUGGCGGAUGUUGUGGUUGCUCCACCAGCUCCUGAGAAACCUAUCACCCAAGAUGCAAUUCUACCCCACAACGAUGUCAAGCUCUUCAAUCGCUGGACCUUUGAGGACGUUCAGGUUAGUGACAUAUCUUUGAGUGAUUACGUUGGCGUGGUUGCUGCCAAGCAUGCAACCUAUGUCCCGCAUACAGCUGGGAGGUACUCAGUCAAGCGUUUCAGGAAAGCCCAGUGCCCAAUUGUGGAGAGGCUUACAAACUCUCUGAUGAUGCAUGGGCGAAAUAAUGGGAAAAAGCUGAUGGCAGUGAGGAUUAUAAAGCAUGCAAUGGAGAUUAUUCACUUGCUGACAGACCUUAAUCCCAUCCAAGUUAUUGUUGAUGCUGUGGUCAAUAGUGGACCAAGGGAAGAUGCUACUCGUAUUGGCUCAGCUGGAGUUGUCAGGCGUCAGGCUGUGGAUAUUUCUCCACUUCGGCGUGUGAAUCAGGCUAUCUAUCUCCUUACUACAGGUGCUCGUGAAUCUGCUUUUAGGAACAUCAAGACAAUUGCAGAAUGUUUGGCUGAUGAACUUAUUAAUGCUGCAAAGGGAUCAUCAAACAGUUAUGCCAUUAAAAAGAAGGAUGAGAUUGAGAGAGUUGCAAAGGCAAACCGAUGAGGGUUGGCUGGAGAAAUUUCCAUGACACAGGAAGAGAGUUUUCAUGUCACUUUAGAACUUUCUUUGUUAAUUUUCCUUGUUUCUUUAGUUUACUCAUGGGGACGGUUUGUAUCCAUGGUGGUUUUGUGUGCUGAAUUCCAGUAAUUUAUCAGGAUUGUUAUCUAUUGCUAUUUUGAACUUUUUGGUCAAUCGGAUUAUUAAAACUUAUAUUAUCAUUGAAUAUGUCA